UGGCGGACAGUUCUCCGGCAAAGUGACAUUCGCGAUGUGUGUCUCGAUCAGCUGUUUUAUUUAACAAUCGUGCUUACGAGUUUUAACAACAAUAACAUCGUAAAUAAAGUGAUUCAACAUGAGGAUACACACACCGAAAAUGUCUUCAAUACACAAAAUAUUGGAUUUUUACUCACAAUUUAAUCCUUCACCGCUUUCUAUAAAACAGUUUAUAGAUUUCGGGUUAAGUGCAUGCGAGCGCAAAUCCUUUGUUUUUUUGCGCAAGGAAUUGCCAGUGCGGCUGGCGAACAUAAUGAAGGAGAUCGCCCUCCUGCCGGAGAGACUGCUGAGCAUGCCCAGCGUUGACCUGGUCAGCGCCUGGUAUGCCAGGAGCUUCCAAGACGUCAUCAAAUUUGAAAAGCAGGACAUCAACGAAGAAACACUUGACUCGUAA